AAUUGACGCGAAAAUGAACAUCCGUUCGUUCGAAUUUGGCUUGCAUUGCUUAGCUUGCCAAUCAACUGAGAUUUGAAGUCUACAGAAGUUAUAUUCUUCUGACUAGACCCAAUAAUUUUGUUAGAACGAACUUAACUUCCGUCAGAAGCUACGGGAGAUAAAUCAGAGCUCGUUAUUUCCCGACUAUAGGUAAAGUCUACCUCAGGCUUAGGCCGCUUAGAUAGUUACCCAUGUUCACAGCCGGAGCUUAUCCCAGUUUCUGUAGCGAAGCGACUAGGCGUAUUUCUACUCCCUUCAGGAUGUGAUGCUAGUCCAUCGCAGGCAACUCCCAGAAUUAAAUUCGUCGGUACUAUACACCUGAGUGGAGAGAGGCACUGCGAGAGCAAAGUUAGACUCUCUAAAAGUCCUUCCGAUAAUUCCACCUUGGCCGUUGGCUAGCUAGAAGAUUGCCCUCUUGCUUCGUUCGAGCAAGAAGAAUAAGCGAAGGAUUUUAUAAGCAAAGGUCGACUUGUCAGGAAAGUCUAGAGUAAAGUGUCUUGCCCUAGGCUGUUCCAGGCUCUCGGUCAGGGGACGAACGGAAAAAAAGGACGAGAGAAAAAAUGAAGGAGAACAGGCUAGUCUUGCCCAAGAACACAACGCAAUGACCAUGUAUGGCGUCCAGCAUGCUGGUCAUCAGUGUACUGCGCCUCCGCACUCGGACUAUGUUCGGACACAAAUUUCUUCUUUUUCGGCAAACGGCUGAAAAAACCGGGUCUGCCUACCAUUUGUGGUCACGCGAGUGCACUUAAGACGUGAUUGUUUAUUAAAAAAACUGUUGUUGUAUUUGUAAGCAAGUGAAACAAUUACUUAAUUAUCAACUUAAAAUGAACAGAGAUUUAUUUAUCCUGACGAAGCGUUUACCCUGACAACGCUACGACUUUUAUUUUCAAGCUGAUAAUUAACUACUGUUUCUUAUUCGAUAUUAAGCGCAAGAAAACAACUUACUUCGUGUCAUGCUCCAUCUCUUCUUCCGAUAACAACUGAGAUAUUUUUUUUACUUUUUUUUCCUUUUGCGUGGUCCGCAGUUUUAUGUGGGUGUGGUUUUCAGCUGAAGCCAUUUGACAUGCAGCUAUUUGUCAGUUUCAGUAGAACAGUGAUACGCAAAAAAGGAUACGUCAGCUGUUAGAGGGAUGUUGGAGAGAUUCUAAAUUAUGUUCAACUUAGUUCUCACUGCAUAAGAAAUAUAUUGCAAAUAAUUUUGUAUGUUAGGUAGUUUUAAGAAAAAUGUCGUAAGUUAUGAAUCUUUAAUUUAUGAAAUAGAAGUUUUGAAAUAGUUACUUUAUCCAAUUUAAUGGUGUCGUUUGCGCUAGAACGACCAGAUACUUUAAGCUACUUUAGUAAAGGAUAUGUGUACAAAUAUCAGUUUUCGGUCUAUAUUUCAUCACCAGGGCUAAAAGAAAAGCGGCGAAGAUAGUUGGAACAAAGGUUUCACACACUUCAGCACGUGACUUGAGGGGGCCGACAUGUGACACUCGAUACAUCAGCUAUUGUAGCUAUUUUUAAAAAGAUAUAAAAUUGAUAGUUUACCUAUCAACUUCAUGGAUUAAAUAUUACAAGGUCUUCCAAACAUUUCUUUCCUGCUGCACCACGGCACGAUCUCAGGGCUACCGAAGGAUUCGGUUUUGGUAUGUGGACAAUUUUUUCCUCUUUUCUCUUCGUGCGCGUCACGUUUUCUCCCUCGGGUCAUUAACGAAGAGCUAAUUAUUUGCGCGAGCGAUUUUGUCCAUUGUGAUUUAAAUGACGCAGAAAUUCACUUAGGGCGGCAUUGAGCAAUGAUUAAACUUUUAUUUAUACGUUUGUUUGACAUCUUAAGUACCAUGUUUGCCUUGCGUGUACUCGGUGUGGAGUGAAGCGCUCAAGUUUAAGAGGGGCUGAUGACGAAGAUUGCUGACCUGUUGAACUAUAAAUAUCGGUCAUGCAAUACAAGCUAAUACAGCAACAACAGAAAAACGGAAAGAUGACUGAACACAUUGUUUUGACAUAGUAGCUUUGCAGUUGCCAUGAACUCACGCUCUGUCGAUGAUCCAGAAUGGCUAUUUGUCAGUGGAACUUCAAACACUUGGAAGUUGUGGGCACCAGUUACGCUUCUCCGACAGAAUGGGCUACGAUUCGUGGCCGAAUUCCUCAACUGAAAGUAGAGAGGCGUAAACCAGCUAUCGAUGGCAGGAAGGAUUCUCAAACUGCGGAGCCAAGGACACCGGCGCGUUCCUCUGCGAAACGGCAAAGUCUCUUGCACGUUAAGCCGCCUAAAGAAAAAGUUGUCACAGUCAAGGUGGUAUUGCCUAAGGAGAAGCCCAAAGUUCUUGAAAGAAAUUACUUAUGUACUUGCGAGCGAGAACGGAGCGUUUCCGGCGCUCCGAAAGACGAUUCUGGAGACGUGGAAGAAAUCGAGUUUAAUGAACUCAUGAAGGUUUUUCUGAAAUGCUUUGAAGGUCCCAGAAAGGAAUCAUCAAAGGCAUUAAGAAAUGUAGCAAAAGGCUUUCAAGGGAGCAGAAUUUUAUCAAGCGAUGAAGCAGUACAGGUCUUAAAGUUGCUCGACAUGGAUAAUUAUGGACUUAGGGAGAGUGUGCUCUUGACGAUAGGUCAACUGUGCACCAGUACCUUGAAUGUCAAAAAAUUCUUGAAGAGGGGACUGCUUGAUGAGUUGAUCAAUCUCCUGUUACUAGCUGAAGACGACAACAUAGAGAAAGAGGCGCUUCUGUGUCUUAGCAAGGUGGUCGAGAAGACAGAGCAUGCAGAUCUCUGGUUGGAAGCAAUGACUCUAUCCGGAACAGAGGCGCUGUUUGGUUUGCUGAAAGCGUCAAAUCCGGCUUUGCAACAAACGGUGCUUUGCGCUAUCAAGAAUCUUGCUGCACAUCCCAAGAUGGCUCGGCUGUUCAUUGAUUACAGACUCGAAAGUGUUACACAGUUAUUAUCGUGCAAGAAUGCUCAAGGAAGGUCCACUGGGAAUCCAGAGAUACAGGGCCUGGUUACCCAAGCUUUGACAAACAUAAUUUCCCAUGAUUCAUCCACGGUCGAGAUGUUUCUUUCUAAGUAUGAUGACGUCAUCAAGAAUGUUCUAGAUCUUUUGCAGUACGGUCCUUGUCUUCAGCAGCAAGGAUCUGCACGCCUGUUAGCGACUUUGGCAUUUUACAAACCAGGUUUAUCAUCACUCAUAACCCACAAUGCCGUGGGGCAUCUGUUAUGGGCGGUCACGUGUUCUCAGUGCAGACUUCUUAGAGAACAGGCAAGCAUUGCCCUAAAAAACAUUUCAGCGAAUCCGGACAAAACAGCCGCCAUCUCAGCCUUGAGUCAAGUGGCUCUUAGAAAAGCUGAUUCACAGGAUGAAACAAGCUGGGAUUCAGACAGUUCAGGAAUAUUUUCUUUAAGUGAAAAGAACUUAAAAAGACAGUCAUCGAGUAACUUUUCCGGUACAUCCAGUCCCGGUGCCGUACUUAACAGAGAAGCUGGCUCAAAAAUUCAACGGACUAUUUCAGAGUUAACUUCUCUUUUAACGUUAGUCUUUCAAAGUGAUGCUCUCUGGAGAUGUGGUGCAGAGAGACAAUUUUUGAAACCAAUUAGUGCUGGUGGUCUUAGAUCAACAAGGCUAAAGAAGCCGAACAAUUUUCGUGGGAAAGAAAUGUACCUGAGAAGUUUACGUGUGCUUACUAAUUGCCUGGUGAUCAUGUCAAAUGUGUUGCUGAUAAGUGAGAACAUGGAAAAUACGAGCAGAGAUGAAUUCGUUCAAGGGAGGCGAUUGAAUCAAGUGGCACUAAUAAUUCAGAACGGUGGCCUUAAAUUUCUUCACGAUUUAGAGUUCCUUAGCGGUAAACUGUUGCAAGUUAACCCACCUUUGUUUCACAACAUUGAUCCGACAACUCUACCCCCGAAAGAAAUCACAACGACCCUGAAAAACGCACGGACAGACUUGAUAUUUGAGAGUGCGAACAAAAGAAAAGAAUCUUGCAAAAGUUACCCGGAGUUCGGAUUUGAACAGAACGAAAUAGACUUCGUGAAGGCAGCAGUUCAUGUACUUUGCUUGUUCGCCAAUGCUACAGCGCCCGAGUUCGACCCUUGCAUGGAAGACAUAGAGGUGCUUGACAGAUCUAAGUCGAAGGCAGGAAAGAGACAAAUUACUUUCCAGAACUCUGCUGUGUUAGUCAGGAAUGUUAUGAGGAUCACAUCGGGACGUGGAGGCCGAAGGAUCAUACGAAGAUCGAGUAGUGCCAGGUCCCUGACGCGCAAGUUGUCCCAAGCUAGCAUUACUUCCACAAGGUCAGCAAAAUCGUUUCAUUCCUCCCCAAGUAAUGCAGACCAAUCAACGCCUUCUCUCAAUUCUACUGGUGCUCAAGACUUGCGCGAGACAACACACUACGUGAAACAAAGCUUGCUAGAUGCCAAGGUCAUUUGCUGUUUGGCACCAUGGAUCAUGUGUGGAAUUUACGAGAUUCAGGCUAAUGUACUCAAAGUCAUAAGGUAUCUUCAACACAGCAAAUACGCCUCCUCGGCAACAGGGCCUCACAGCCAACCGGCACCAAAAGAGGCCUGGACCUCAAGAGUUCCACCAUCUCUGACAUCUCGCAGCAGCACUCUUAGUCAGCGGUCGUCGAGUGCUGCGACACCAGUUCGUAAGACAGUUCGUAACGGUAUGAACAAGUCAAAGUACCUGGGAUUUACAUGUGUUCGACACGUGAUUCAACACUGCGGGGGGUAUCUGCUGGACUCACUGGCGCCGCCAGUACCACCUACGUUAGGGAAGACGACUCUAAUGGUUUUGAGAGAAGCUGUGGUUAAUGGCGAGGCUGACACGCGGCUCAAAAUAGUCAAGCUUGGAUGCUUCGCACAAGUGAUUGAAUACAUCCGGGGAAAUGAAGAUGACGAGACCCUUCAGGCGCUAGGGAUUGUGGUUAUCCGCAUGCUUGUUGGGAAUGAUGUUUCACUGAAACAGCUUUUCCUUGCUCACGGAGGAAUGAACUUGAUAAUGGCUUUACAUCAAUACAAGGAGGGAAUUGUAAAGGAGCAAGCAGCACACACCAUGUUCACUUUUAGAAGAGGAGGAGAGAAUUCUCGAGUACACCGGAGAUCAAGGACGGCUGAUGGAAGAAUGAAAAGGCGUCAAAAGUUGACUGACUGUGCCGACAUCUGGGAAGAAGUGGGAGAAAAAUGGAAAGGCCAAGAUCAAGUACUGAAAGUGCUAAAAAAGUUUAACGUGCGAUAUUGAACAGCACGACCCGAAUUUGAAGAUUUUUCAGCGACUUCAAUAUUUUUUUUGCUUUCUGUGGUACUACACGGAAAUUAAAGCUGUAUGUUUUGAAGUUUGUCAUUUGGAAUCGAUCUCAAUCAGUUUUACCCAAUUUGAAACUAGGAUAAGUGUUGGGGGCAAUGUCUAACAACUGAUUCCUGCUCUAGCGUGCAUCAUCGAGUCAUAUAUGGUCCACACGGGAAGUUUGGAGAGCACUCAAGAAGGAGGGUCUUACAGGGGUAUUCUCGUAAUGCGUGAUUAGCUGAUUUUGUUUACCGUGAAACGUGAAUUUAAGAAAUUAUUCUUCGUGAUCGGUGACCUGAAGGGUUUGCGAGACCCGUGAAGACCGAUAUUCGUGAUUUCACCACUAUAUUCUUCGUGAUUUUGAGACGCAAGUCCUCCGAAUGGUUAAUGGUUGAAAAGUGAUUGCAAUAAGGAGCCUUUACUCAGCCAUUCGCGAUUUUGCUUUCUUCAAACACUCUUUCUAACGUAAGAGCAGGUUAUUAAAAAAAGUACCUUACUCGCUUAUUUUCGUGAUUCGAGAAAAUGAAAUUUUGAUAUCCGUGAUCCGUUAUUUUUUCCGCUCGUGAACCGUGCCAGAGGACCACCCACCCCCACCCCUGUUAAACCCCCAAGAAGCUUAAAAACUGUUCGAGGUGCAGCCGAGAGCAACUCUAGCUUCUUGAGUGCUCUUCCUCCAAACGUCCCAAGUGCAUCAUUUCUCGAUGAUGCAAGGCUGAAAUCAUGACUCAGUUGUUCUAUAUUAUUGCCAAUGGAAACGUUAUGAGCUUGAUGCACGGUUAUGUAUACUGAAUUUCAUAGAGCGACUUUGCUUGCUCUGUUGUAAUUUUAUUUACAGCAUUGUAUUUUCUAGGCUCAUCCUAAUCACAGGAUACAGGCCUAAAUUGUUAUAAAAAUUAAAAUGAAAUGAAGUUGGUUACAA